AUGGCCAAGGCUCGCGUGCUCCGCUGUGCGGUGCUGGUGGUGUGCGCGCUCCUACUUCUCUCGUCUGCAUCUGCGGCGGCCGAGGCGGCUGGCCGGCAAAGGGGUCAUGGGAGAGAGGCCACGGCGCCGGCAGCGAUGGCAACGGCGAAAGGGCGUUUUGUCAGGAUGGUGCUGCGGGAGGAGAUGCUUCAGGCGAACGGCCAGGGUGGCAUUGGCGAGUCUAAGAGGACCAGUCCGGGCGGCCCAGACCCGCAGCAUCAUUAG